AUGGCGCGAGGUGGAGAAGAAGUACGAGCAGGAGCAGCAGGCGCAGCAGCAUCGGAAGUGGCAGCAUCAACAGACGUGUCCGCCACGGCUUCCCCGGAGGAUGGCGUUGGAGACGCGGCCGCAACGGCCGGACGUCUUGCCGCAACGGCCGGACGUCUUGGUGCUGGAGAAGGCGAGGGGUCCGCGAAGGACAGCAGCGACGACGACGACAGCGACGGCCGUGGCAACGGCGGUACCGCGGUACCCGGGCCAGACGGCGAGCUCGGCUCCGCCGCAUCCCCUGCGACCACCACCAGAGACCGGGACGAACGCUCAGGAAAGCGCGAGGGCGGACCCAGGGGCAGCGGUGACGACGACGUAGGCGACGACCGUGCUGGAGGAGAAAAACUCGCGACGCCUAUAGCAGCUGGGAGUAGUACCCAUCUGCAGGCCAGCUCGUCUACCAUCGAACUUUGCAGCAUGCGCAGCACGGCUGCUGCAAAGAUUCAGAGUCUAGUGCCAAUGUUCCAAGCCUACAAGCGGUAUGAGAGGGCAUGGAACGACGCAUGGAACGCUAACAGGGGGGCCCGCAGGGCUCGCCGCAGAGCUCGCAACGCCUUGAAAAACACCAAUCACCCCGUGGCGGCGAUGGGGCAAGAUGGAGCGAUAGUCGGCGGCGUCGAGGUUGAUCAGGCCGUGGUGGUUGAUCAGGCGGUGGCCGGCGACGCCGCGGUUGAUCAGGCGGCCGUCGGCGACGUCGGGGGGAAAGCAGGAGCAGCAUCAGCCGGAAUCGAAGCAGUAGCAGGAGACAACGCAGCCAUGGUUCGACAGGGGGCGGCUGUUGGGGACGUGGCCGCGGAGCCCGGGCAAGAGGACAAGCUCGCCGACGCUCCACCCCGUAUGGCCGGCACAAGCAGGCCCAACAAGGCAUCGAUGGCGCGCCGUACCACCAAGGCUCGUAGCCCCAAGUCGCCACUUCCGGCCGUCCGCGCGCAAGACCGUCGGGGUGAAGCGCUCGCAUUCGACGGUGUCGAAGCCGGCGGCAAGGCAGCCAGGCCAGGCGGCGGGGCCUCCCGUCAAGGCGGCAAGACGUGCCGAGAAAGGCGGCAAGUUGGGCUCCGCGCCGACCAAUGCCAAGAGAGUCGCCGAGGACUGUCCAUCGAAAAUAACCGAAAAGGCACGCAAGGACUACCUCCCCGCGUCGGCAUCGGUGCCUCGUCUAAGUGGUGCAAACACGGCGCGGACGAAGGCCCCGGCGAGGGCGAUCCGGCGUUCCCCGCCCGCAAAGCUCUCGCCGGGGCAGUGGGAACGCACAGCCCAAGCACCGAGGCCGAGUAUCGGCAGGUCAUACGAAUCGGCGUUCGUGCCGUGGCGUCCGCGGGCGAGCGAGGCGGACUUCCAACCUCAGCUGACUCCAACAGGGACAAGCUCACGUCCAGAUACGCUUCCUCCGAAGAGAAAGUGCGUCUGGGACGAGAUAAGGCCCGAGACUUUGAGCGCCAGCCGCGAUGUCCAGCCCACAAUGCGGUCACGGCGGGCAUACGGCAGCAUGCAAAGACCCAGUCCGAGUAUGCAUAG